AUGUUGUCUGGUGAUGUGUAUCAGAAUGGUCAAGAAAACAGAGAAGAGUCUGAAAAUGUGACACAAGAAAGACAAUCAAGUUCAAACCAAAAACAGACCCAAGAAGAAAACAUUACAGCACAAUCGAGAGUUAACAGUAAUCAGAAAGACGUAAAGGAUAUGGAACCUGCGUCAAUUGAGAAAGACGUAAAGGAUAUGGAACCUGCGUCAACUGAGAAAGACGUAACGGAUAUGGAACCUGCGUCAACUGAGAAAGACGUAAAGGAUAUGGAACCUGCGUCAAUUCAAAAAGACUUAAAUGUUAAGGAAUUUGCGUCAAUUCAAAAAGACUUAAACGACGUGGAACCUACAUCAAAUCAAAGAGAUGUAAAUGACACUACAUCAGGUAUCACCUUACAACAGGCUGAUGAAUCUAACUCUGAUGAGCCAAAUAGUAGGUACACAACUAGUCACCAGCAGGACCAACAAGCACGUGCAGUAGGUGGCACACAGGAACCAGGAAACACACCAAGACGCAGUACAUCAGCCACCAUGUUACAGCAGGCCGAUCAACUGAAAUGUAAUGACGAAACUGAACAUUACACACCCAGUGACCAGAGACAGUGUGGAACAAGUGAAGUAACUGACACAAAUGACGCAAAGCGUAAAAAAUCUGAAGAGAGUACGACCAGAUCAGAAGUUUUCAGCGAGGCUAACUUUUUUGACGAUAAAGAUGAGAAAGAGGUUUUCGAUGAAGUAGUAGAGGGAAGAGAGAGAUACAGUGAUGGUUCCUCUGACGACGACGACUCAUCCUUCAUAAGUGUUUCGUUAAAGCUAGACGAUGACACGGACUCUGACGACAAUGGUGUGCCAAAUGAAAAGGAUACUGAACAAGAACGAGAAAACAAACAGACAAAUAACAACAGUAAUAAGAACAAUGAUGAAAUCUUAAAUCCCGAAAAUGGAAUCAUAAAGGAUAGAAAGACAUCACCCAAAGCAAGGUUUACGAACUCAGAUGAACUGGUCGACGAAUCGAUUAAUAAUGGUGAAAAGGUUUGCGAUAAAUCAUUUGUGGAAGUAACAAAAAGGACAAGCCAAACUGAAUUAGAAUCUCCUAAACAAAACUCAGAAGUAAACAGAUUGUUUGCAAACACUAUCACUGAAGAUUCAGAACCUGGCGCGUCUGAUUCAGAUAACACAUACUGCAAAUCUGUGGACUAUGAUGCGCAAACGCUGGAACAGAUAGAUGAGAUAAGUGAACUUGAGGCUAUUACAGAAGAAUCUACAGAUAUUUCAUCCCACACGAGAAAUAACAUGAAUCCAGAUGAAGAAAGCCAUAACCAAAACGAAAUCAGUGCUACAGUAGAUAAUAGUAGAACUGAAUUUGCCGAAUACAGUGCACAUAUGUUGGAAGAAUCGUCAAAUACAGAAAAAAUACAGAGUGAUAAAGAGCAUACAUCGCAGACUGUGGAGUCACCACGGAAGGAUGUAGAUGAUGAAGUCUGCGACAAAGAAAAGCAUAGGCACGAGUCAAACUCUUCUACUAAAGCAAAACCAACCUCACCACAAAGUGACCCUCUUUUCGUUCCUGGUGACUGCAAUGCCUACCAGUCAGGCGAGACUAAGCCUUGUGGACUUUCUGAGGAUGAAACAUUUCUACCUGUUGAAAGCGGGCCACCUCCAGAAUCCACAGCAUAUGACACACCGGUCCCAGUUGAGCCGUCCGCUGAUAGCAAAGAAAAUCACAGCACGGCUGAUUCAAACGAAUUUUACAUGCCUAGACCACAACCACCACUACCCACUAACCAAAUGUAUACUAACCGUUACACUUACAGGUCAUAUGUUGCACCAACUGAAAAUUAUUCUGAUGCAGAAAUAACAUCACUUCCACAAUCUCCACACAAUACUAACAAAUCAGAAAUAGAAGUGUUGCCAGUUUCACAUUCUUCACCUGGUAUUAACCAAUCAGAAAGAGAUGUAAUGCAUAGUCCACCUAACACAAACCAGUCAGAAAUAGGGAGGUUGUAUCAGAGACCAUUGUCUCCGAAAUGGCGACCAGUACUCCAUAUACUCGUCCAGAAGAAGGCAGUGGUAAUCAUACAACCUCUGGGUUUGUAUCAGACAGCCUGUCACAAAUGGCCACAGCUGGACCAUAUGGCGACUGUGCUGGCAAUGAUCAGAACAGGCCACAAGGUGAAGAAGAUGUAA